AUGCAAUUCGCAUUGCCUCCGCGAAAGAACCAACACACUCUCCCCGGUGCCCGUUCCUCUCGAUUACCGUUAUAUCGCAGGAAACAGCUAAAAACAUUCGCUGUUUUCGCGUUCGCUGUGUUCUCGAUCUUCUAUCUCCUUACGCACCUCUAUUCGAGCUCGUCUUCCGCGGCGCCGGCUGGUACAGCAGGUGUGGUCAUUGUGACAUUGUUGGAUCGCGAACAUUUCAGUGAGAGCUACAUCAACAAGAUUAUUGCCAAUCGCGAGGAUUAUGCGAAGCGUCAUGGCUACACAAACUUCUUCACAUCCGUCUCCGAUUAUGAGGAAGCAGUCGGCGAUCAACCCAAAAGCUGGGCGCUUGUUCCAGCCGUCCGCCACGCAAUGGCUACCUAUCCCAGCGCCGCAUACUUUUUCCACCUCAACCAGAACGCCCUUAUUAUGAACCCGACUAAAUCCCUCAAAUCACAUCUCCUGGAACGAAGCAAGCUUGAAUCGAUAAUCUUGAAGGAUGUUCCCAUUGUCCCGCCGGAUAGUAUUAUCAAGACAUUCUCGCAUCUGAAGGAGAAAGAUAUUGACUUCAUCACUACGCAAGAUGGCGAAGAUUUGAGUCCCAGUAGCUUCGUGCUUAAGAAUGGGGACUUUGCGCGCUUUUUCUUGGAUUUGUGGUUUGAUCCACUGUUUCGCAAUUAUAACUUUGCGAAGGCGGAGGUUCAUGGAUUGGACCAUAUUAUGCAAUGGCAUCCGACUGUGCUAGCUCGGACGGCUAUUGUUCCCCAGCGUGUUUUGAAUGCGUACAGCAAGGAUUCGAACGGUGCUGGUCCCGAUGGCACCUAUAAUGACGGUGACUUUAUUAUUCGAUUCCCGGGAUGUGAUAACGUUCAGGCCAAGGAGUGUGUUGAGAUGGAAUCCUAUUACAUGCUGUGGCAGAGGAAGAUAAAGAGUGGCUAA